GGAAGCAUUUUCUCCUUCCUCUUUGACAUGGCCACAGGAAAACUGACCAAAGCUAAGAGGCUGGUGGUGAACGAGGGCAGCUCUAUCUCUAGUAUCUCAGCCCGCUCGUGGAUCAGUCGAGAGGCACGGGAUCCGUCGCUGCUCGUCAACGCCUGUGUCAACAAACUACUGCUCUACAGGGUCGUGGAUAAUGAGGGAACACUACAGCUGAAGAGGAGUUUCCCCAUUCAACACGGAUCCCAACCGCUGCACAGCAUCUUCUGUCCUCUCAUGUCCUUCAGACAGGGAGCCUGUGUUG